UGAAAUUAUUUUUUCUCCAACACACACAUUGGAAACAACUCUCUCUGUAGUUCUUCCCCAACUCUCCAACCAUAAGAUCUGAACCGCCCCUUCAACAAUGGCGGAAACGUUUCCCGUUAAACCAAAACUCCGACCCACUUCCGGUAAAUCCACCCCCACCGCAGAAUCUAAGUACUGGAAGUCAUUCAAAAUCCCUAAAGACAUCGAAACCACACCAUCAAAAUCUCUGAAUUACCCCAUUACUUCACUGUCCUUCUCCCCCGUAGCUCCCCACGAUUUUGCUGCCACUCAUUCCGCAAGCUUCACCGUAUUUUCCGGCAAAACCCUCGAGCCUAAAUUCACUGUUAACGAUUUUUCGGACGCCGCCGCCUCCUCAUCUUUCCGCUGCGACGGAAAACUCCUGGCGGCUGGGGAUUUAACUGGUACUGUACACGUGUUCGAUGCAAAGUCUCGCAACCAUCUCCGCCGUUUAAAGGGUCACUCGGCCGCAGCGCGCGUUGUCUGUUACCCGCGCGCAGCCGAUAAGUUCCACCUCUUCUCUGGUGGCGAUGACUCUGUUGUUAAGUAUUGGGACGUUGCGGCUGAGAAGUGUGUUUUGAAUCUUCUGGGGCACAAGGAUUAUGUGCGAUGUGGUGAUGCUUCCCCAGUGAGCGAUGAUAUGUUUGUUUCGGGUUCUUAUGAUCAUAAGGUGAGGGUUUGGGAUGUCAGGGUGUCGAGUGCUGUUUCUGUCGCCGAAUUAAAUCAUGAAAAACCGGUGGAGAGUGUGAUUUAUUUGCCAUCUGGGGGUUUGAUCGCCACCGCUGGUGGUAAUUUUGUGAAAAUAUGGGAUGUAAUUGGAGGUGGAAAGUUGUUGUACUCUAUGGAGAGUCACAAUAAGACAGUGACGGCUCUUUGUAUGGGCAAGGUUGGGAGAGUUGGUGGAGAUGAAGCUGAGCAGAACAGGAUUUUAAGUGUUUCUCUGGAUGGGUAUAUGAAGGUUUUUGAUUAUGCAAAGUUCAAAAUCACUUAUUCCAUGAGGUUUCCGCAUCCUCUUUUGUCGGUUGGCUUUUCACCCGAUUCUUUGACAAGAGUAAUAGGGACUUCGAAAGGGAUUCUGUAUAUUGGGAGAAGGAAAGGUAAGGUGGAGAGUGCGGAUUUGGGGGAUCCAGUAGCGUUGGGAGCUGUGGAGGAUGAGCCUCAGAGAAGAGUUUUAAGGCCUUCUUAUUUUAGGUACUUCCAUCGAGGGCAAAACGCUAAGCCUGCAGAAGGAGAUUACUUGAUUAAGAGGCCAAAGAAAGUCAAGUUGGCAGAGUAUGAUAAAUUAUUGAAGAAGUUUAGGCAUAAGGAGUCAUUGGUGGCUGUUUUGAAUGGGAAAAAUCCAGAGAACGUGGUGGCUGUUAUCGAGGAGUUAAUAUUGCGGAAGAAGUUGCUGAAAUGUGUAACCAAUUUGGACGCAGAGGAGCUUGGAUUGUUACUAGGCUUUCUUCAGAAGUACUCAACAAUGCCGAGGUAUGCAGGAUUGCUGACGAGGUUGGUUAAUAAGGUUGUUGAAUUGCGGGCUGAAGACAUAAGAUCUUCAGAUCAAUUAAGAGGUCAUAUUAGAAAUCUAAAGCGGGAUGUUGAAGAGGAGAUCAGAAUACAGCAGUCACUGCUAGAAAUUCAGGGUAUAAUAUCUCCAAUGCUGAGGAUUGCUGCUAGAAGAUGAAAACAGCGAGUUCCAUAUUGCGUAUGUGGUAGUUGUCUUCGGUAAUGAUUUGAAUUUUGUCGGUUAUGUUAUCUUAAAUCUGUACUAUUUUCUUCUCUGUUGUUCUGAUGCUAUAUUACGAUCCAUCCACCGGAAUUUUGUUCGAUCCUCAAUUGUGAAACAAUUGCACUAGUCGGUUUCUAUUAUUCAUUUGCAUUUACUUUUCA